CCUGGUGCAGGGAGGCGGAAAGUUAAUGUCGAUGCCUCAACCGGGGGAGAGAGAUGCGGGUUCGGAUGGGUUGUAAGAGAUAGCUAUGGAAUAUUUUUGGCAGGUGGAUGUACUUCAGGGACCGGUAAGUUUACCCCUCUCGAAGCUGAACUUAUGGGUGUGAGGGAAGCUCUCAGUUGGCUUAAGGCUCAACAAUGGGAUUUUAUUGAUGUGGAAUCUGAUUCUCUUCUAGCUAUUCAAGAAAUUCAAAGGGGUUCAAGUUUAUCUUAUUCUGGAAUUUUAGCCGAGGAUAUACGAGAUUUGAUGACUAACUUUGUUAGUAUUAUUUUUUCUCAUGUUCGACGAUCAGCGAAC